AUGUUGUCCUCCUUCCCUAGGAACGAAACGGAAGGGUCAUCGGAGCAGCCUUUGGGUUCCGGUGCUAGCCUUACUCAGGGCGAAUCAGAAAUUCCAGUGAUAAUUGAUUCCCGAAUUGAUUCUCUCAUUCCUAGCCAAAGUGGCUUUUCUUCUAUCUCGGAGGGCACGAUGGUAAUUGAAGAUUUAUCAGCAUCAGAAUUACCUAAGGGACUUUCCAAACAGCUCUGCUCUCGCAUAUGGAUGGAACCUGUCUCCAUGGCGAAUUUUAUGGGCGAAACUGAUAUUAUGGAAGCUACAUUGGAUUUUCUAAUUGAUCAGUCCAGCCGUAGUGGCCGAUUUAUACCUGUAAUGGAUCACUUGUUGGAGGGUCUAUGUGAGCGAUUAUCCCUCAAGGAGAUGGAAGAAGAUGGCUUAUUGCUGGAGGAGUCUUUGGUGGAAGAGAUGAUAGCGAGAGGCAAAAAAUGUCUCAUUUUCAAAUUGCUGACAGUGAAACACUUUAAUAAGGAAGCACUGAAGUCCACAAUGAAAAAGGUAUGGAGUGCCUCACGGUUGAUUUCGAUUCGGGACCUGAGCCCUAAUUUAUUCAUCGUCGAAUUUGGGGAUGAACGGGGAAAGGAGAAAGUCAAGCGGGAAGGCCCUUGGUCGUUUGAUAGGCAUCUAGUGAUUACAAAGGAUGUUGUGGGUCUACAACAAGUCCAUCAGGUAGCCAUGAAGGAAGCUCUGUUCUGGGUCAAAAUCCAUGAUUUACCGGCGAUGGUCCGAAAUGCAAAUGUGAGUAAAACUGUUGGUAACGCCCUAAUUCGGGUUUGUUUGGAAAUUUCCAAACCUCUUCCUAGAGGCAAAAAGGUCUGUGUAGGGUCGUCUCUCCCGAUUGGGUCCGAUUUUGAUACGAAAGGAUGCCCACCUUUUGUUAACCAUGUGAAUUCUUGGCCAUAA